GGUGGACGUUAGAGCAGGAUGUGGGGCCCGGCGAUGGGGCUGCCUUCGCGGUUGGCGCUGUCGAUGUUUGCUGGUCCCGGUCGCUCUUGCAUUCUGGGGUCUGGAGCUGCGACGCGGAAGGACUGGCAAGCGAAGCACUGUCGUGGCUUCUCUGACUUCUACAUGCAGCCGUUAUUUGAUCCUGACCUAGAAGAGUCACCCUUUUUUGCACCCAAGAUUCGAUCCGAGCCUAUGCGUUACGUAGCAUGUAGGAAAAUGGCCAAGAACCUGGUACGAAACCUGCUCGGGUACCACAACCCGUCCCGUCAACUUUUUCUAGAGUGCAAUCCAGGACCUGGAAUCCUGACUGAGGCAUUACUUAAAGCUGGUGCCAGAGUGGUUGUCUUUGAAAGUGAAAAGUCUUUUAUUCCACAUUUAAAGUCCUUAAGGAUGAAUUUGGAUGGAUUGCUACAAGUGGUUCACAGUGACUUCUUUAAAAUUGAUCCUAGACAUCAGGAAGUGUUAAAACCAGAAUAUAAUUCACGUGUCAUUUUUCAGAAUUUGGGAAUAAAUCCAGUUCCUUGGUCAGCAGGUAUUCCUAUAAAAGUAUUUGGAAUCCUACCAAGUAAAUUAGAAAGACGAAUACUUUGGAAAACUCUGUUUGAUCUGUAUUCCUGCGAGUCUAUAUACAGAUAUGGACGAGUAGAACUGAAUCUGUUUGUUACUGAAAAAGAAUUCCAGAGACUAAUGGCGACUCCUAGGAGGCCAGAUUUAUAUCAAGUAUUGAGUGUACUUUGGCAAGUGGCUUGUGAAAUUAAGUUUAUUCAAAUGGAACCUUGGUCGUCAUUUAGUGUACAUACUGAAAAUGGAUGCUCAGAAGACUCAAAGCUUGGGGAAUCAUCCAGAUCAAUGAAACAAAAUCUAUAUUUUAUUCAAAUGACUCCUCGUAGAUCUUUAUUUACAGAACACUUAAGUCCAUUGAACUAUGAUAUAUUUUUCCACAUGGUCAAACACUGCUUCGGGAAGCGCAGUUCCCCAAUAAUACAACAUUUACGCUCACUGAGUACUGUUGAGCCUAUUGACAUACUGAGGCAGGUGAGAAUAAAACCUGGAGAGACAAUACUUAAAAUGUAUCCUCAAGACUUCAAAAGACUUUUUGAAACUAUAGAGCGUUCCGAAGAUUGUGUCUUUAAAUGGGUCUAUGAUGAGAGCUUGGAGGAUAUUGUACUCUAGGAAAGCAGUCUAUAAGCCAUGAACUACAUAUGUUUAUCUAUUUAUUUGGAAAUUAUGAGACAAAUAAAAACUGAAUUUCAAGAA